AUGGACAUAGCUGCACCAGAUGAUGUAGCAAACGUAAGUGACACGCUCCUGAAUUAUGACAUAGCUGUUCUUGAGAACUGCACCAACGAUGUGGAUGAGCUCCGAACAUCCUACCUGCCGCCUCUAUACAGCAUGAUCUUCGUUGUGGCCUUUCCAGGCAACAUCAUUGCAAUUUCUGUGUAUGCUUUCAAAAUGAGACCCUGGAAGAGCAGCACAAUCAUAAUGUUCAAUGUGGCCUGCACAGAUUUAUUGUACUUAACUGGCCUUCCUUUCCUGAUUCACUACUAUGCCAAUGGGGAGCACUGGGUCUUUGGACACUUCCUGUGCAAGUUCAUCCGCUUUGGUUUCCACUUCAACCUAUACAGCAGCAUCCUCUUUCUAACAUGCUUCAGUGUCUUCCGAUACUUAGCAGUUGUCCACCCAAUGAGGACUUUUCACUAUCGGAAGAAGUGUUGGACUGUUGUGGCCUGCGUUGCAGCUUGGGCCAUUUCACUGGCAAUUGUGACACCUGUGAACUUCUUGAUUACCUCCACAGAUCAAGAGAACAAAUCAGUUUGCCUUGACCUAACUAGUUCUGACAACCUGGAUGUUAUUCGGUGGUACAACUGGCUUUUGACCGUCUUGAUUUUCUAUGUGCCUUUAAUAACUGUGACCAUUUGCUAUGCCCUGGUCAUCUACACCUUGGCUACAGGGCCCCAUACUCAAAACCCUUAUAAACAGAAGGCUCGUAAACUUGCCUUUCUUCUCCUGGUGGUCUUCUAUGUGUGCUUCCUACCAUUCCAUGUCUUUAGGAUUGCUCGAAUUGAAUUAAGACUGCAUUCAGUUAGCUGUGAGGUUGAAAACCAAAUCCACUCCAUCUACAUUAUUUGUAGACCACUGGCUGCUCUGAACACAUGCGCCAACCUAUUGCUUUAUGCCAUAAUCAGUGAUAAUUUCCAGCAGGCCAUUCUGUCUGUUUUGAGAUGCAGGUGCAGCAAUUUCCUACAACAAUCAGGGAGUAACAGUGAACUGAAUAAGUCUGGAAUUAUAUUAAAAUUAUGA